UCAUUACAGUUAAUUAAUCAUUUAUUAUUUUCAUUUCACACUAAUGCAUUGUAUUAAGUUAACAUCUUGUUGCUUAUUUCUUAAUUUAAUGCGUUUUUUAGUGUUUACUUAAUGGGAUCUCUUGAAUUUGAACGCUUCAUUUUGAAGUUCCAAAUUUUGUGGACUAUUUAACCUUUAGUUAUUGUCGUGGUGAAUUUCAGUUUAUUUUGAAAUUCAAGAAAAUAUAAAGGAUUUUCUUGACUCACUGGGAUUUAUCUACUCCCCGCAAGUUUUCCUAGUUCCGAGAUUCAGAUUUGGAAACUGGGCUUUUUCCGUCUGUUGUUCUGAAGAAUUUUAAGCUUUUUAGGAAAUUUCGUUGAAAAUUUGUAGAGUAUUGUGCAUUGAAGAAUGGGGCAUUCUUCAGCAGUUUGGGACCAUAGAGCAGCAAUAGAAUUGAUAAAGGACUGGAAUGGAAUCGAUCAGGUGGUGCUUCGGAAUCCUCAGGGGGCGUCAGCACGAGUUAGUUUGCACGGAGGACGGGUGAUCUCUUGGCGGAAUGAUCUAGGUGAAGAACUUCUAUUCUCCAGCAGUAAGGCCAUCUUCAAGUCCCCAAAAGCAAUGCGUGGAGGAAUCUCUAUUUGCUUCCCCCAGUUCGGAAAUUGCAGUUCAAUUGAACAACAAGGUUUUGCUAGGAACAAAAUUUGGACGAUAGAGGAUGAUGCCCCGCCUUUGCUAAAAAAUGAUAUCCGUGGUAAAUCCUUCAUUGACUUGUUACUCAAACCAGGCGAAGAAGAACCGAAGUGUUGGCCUCAUGGUUUUGAACUUCGUCUUCGAGUGUCACUGGCAUCGGAUGGAAACUUGGCAUUGAUAUCUCGCGUUAGGAACAUCAAUGGGAAACCUUUUAGCUUCUUAUUUGGGUACCAUACAUAUUUGUCCCUUUCCGACAUAAGUGAAGUGAGACUAGAAGGUUUGGAGACACUGGACUAUCUAGACAACCUUUGUCAAAGAGAACGCUUUACAGAGCAAGGAGAUGCCUUAACAUUUGAAUCCGAGGUUGAUCGUGUUUAUCUUAGUUCUCCAAAUUGUAUUGCUGUUCUCGACCAUGAAAGGAAGCGAACAUAUGUAAUAAGAAAAGAAGGUCUACCGGAUGUUGUUGUGUGGAAUCCAUGGGAGAAAAAAUCGAAAGCAAUGACAGAUUUUGGCGACGAAGAGUACAAACAGAUGCUUUGUGUUGAUGGAGCCGCAGUCGAGAAAUUGAUCACCUUGAAGCCGGGAGAGGAAUGGACAGGGCGUUUGGAGCUUGCAGCUGUACCCUCAAGUUUUUGCAGUGACUACUUUGAUCCUCAGCUUAAGUAAGAAAAAAUUUACUUCUUGUAUGAUGUGAUUUUAGACGAAAUUAGUGUGUAAUACAUGUGAUUAGGUUGGAUAAUCGGAAAAUCGUUCAAUGCAAUAGUGAAGCCUAUGAUUUUUAUUUAAAUGGCUGCUAUUUUCAGUUUGAACAGAAGAAAUUUGGCCUAAAAAAUGGUUCUUUUCUUCCGUAAUUAUAAGGUUGGAUGGGUGGAGUUUUCGUUGUUUUUCUUUUGGUCUUGUAUUCUUGGGAAUAUUAUCGUUCAGUACCUCGCUGUUGUCUCGUCUCUUUCAGAUAAUCUAACAUUUUGAGGCUGAAAGAUUCUAUAA